GUGACAGCUGGUGAGCCUGCGGCGUUCCCAGCGGACGGGGUUCAGAGAUGCGCGAGCGCAGAUUCAUUUGGUCCAGGGCCUCCCCGACUGGGAUCCGGUUGCGCAUGCUCACCGCCCUCUGCCGGGACUUGCACCUGCUUAGCGUCUGCUGUUCGAUCCGAUACCCCACCUGAGCGUCGCGCACACAGCCAUGACAGCUCAUUCCUUUGCCCUCCCUGUCAUCAUCUUCACCACAUUCUGGGGUCUCAUCGGCAUCGCUGGGCCCUGGUUCGUGCCCAAAGGACCCAACCGCGGGGUGAUCAUCACCAUGCUGGUAGCUACUGCUGUCUGCUGUUACCUCUUCUGGCUCAUCGCCAUCUUGGCCCAGCUGAACCCCCUGUUUGGGCCACAAUUGAAGAAUGAGACCAUCUGGUACGUGCGUUUCCUGUGGGAGUGAUCAGCUGGCUUCUGGCCCCAGAUGCCCUGCUGUGAAUGGCCGAGCCUUGAUGUCCCUGGAGACCCUGCAUUCCUACUGGCCCCACCCAUCAGUAUGACAGUUCUGUGCAUUCCCUGCCAGUGUGCUGUGGGAUCCAUACCCCCCAGGCAACCCGGUUUCUGUUUCUGGUUUCAGUGUCUUCUGUGUUCCCAGCCAUUAGGGGGCCUCCGUUUGGGAAAAGCCCCAUGCUCAGUCAGGCCACUGUGGGAGCUAAGCUGAGCUUAAAUCCCCACACUUGGCACAUCUCUCCCUCUCUUUCAAGCAAACCCUGGCUGAGAAUCUGGGCCUGCUGGGAUCUGUUUUCACCCAGGGAGCAGAAGGCAGGACUCAGCCCAGUCGCAGAAAGGACUCGAGUCUUUGUGGAGAAGGGACAUGUGGUCCAAAAUCUCCACGUUUUUCAACUCUGUCUCCACCGUGUUGAAAUAAAUGUUGGGUCAGGGUCACAGGCCUCCUCCAGCUCUGAAGUGGAUUAUCCAUUUAGUUUCUGACACUUUUAGAUAUGACAUUCCUGGAGAUGCUGGUGACCUAAAGAAACAGUCACACCAAAAACCCAGCACAGUUAGGAUCGAAGCCUCCAUGUUUAGACUUUAGUAACAGGGAAGUCAGUUAGCAUGGGGGGAGGUGGUGUCUCUUUGGAAUGUUCUGGUCACUUUCCUUUCCCUCUGUAGACAAGCUCACCGACUCCCUCGUACCUGUCAGUUGGGUGCAGCCAUUUUGCCAUUCUUCAUUGGGCUGUGGUGGGGCAGAUCCCAGAUCUGGUCCCAAUACCAUUGAAGAGUGAAGGCUGGGGGACAAAGGUGAUGUUUAUGGGGUUCUACUGGCAUUAUGCCUUCCUGGCUUCUGAGACCCUCUGUCCCCAAGCUCCUAUGACUCUGUGCCAGGCACAGUGAGACAGAAAAUGUAAAUCACAGGGGACUCCUCCAGCCCAUGCUCUCUCCCCUCUGAGAGUGUGAGUAGGGCAUUCUUGCCUGAGUUGCCAGAGCUAGCUAGGGCAGAGCUCUACACAAUCCAUGGUUCCCAGACAGUGGCUCUGGGUUCCCAGGGGAAGAAAAGUCCAGUUGAUUAUCUAUUGAUUAUUUAUUUAUCCUCCCCUUGUAGGGGUUGUUUUGGGAGUGGCAUAGACACUGUAGCUCAGAUUGCUGGGCAUUAGGUGUGCUGGUUGCUCAGAUCUUCGGCUGAGGCCUCUGUGGACAACCCAUCCCUUCCUACCCUGACUCCUGAAGCCUUCCUGUGGGGUGGGGCAUGGUGAGCGUGACUCAUGUUGAGAAGCUGAUUCCUGUCUAAUAAAUCAUGGUGAUGCAAGAUUGAUUUAGU